AUGGAAACGACGAAAGAGAACGGAGGUUCGUCUGCCGUUGACUUGAACGAGAACGAAGAGCAAGGAGGUAAUACAGCUUACAUUGCGUUCAAAGACCCCAGCAGCACAGCGCUGCUAUCCGGUGUCAGCGAGGGUCAGGAGGAAGCUGGGAAGGGUCAUACAUACGUGACCGGUAACGGGAGGAAUGUAAACAGAGACGCAACGGUGCAGCCGCCCCCGCAAAACCGGGAGAUAAUCCUGGAUUUGGUCGCGGCGGAGGAGGAGUAUCUCCCCGGGCAGUUGACUGGCAGCUGUGUUAUUUCGGGGGUUUGCGGCGACCUGAACGGAUUUACUGAGUCAUUCGGUCAGGAGGAGCCGGCGGUGGUCGGACUGGGAGGAGGAGAAGGAGGAGGAGGAGGAGGAGGAGGAGGAGGAGGGCUCGGCCUCGCAGGGACUACAGUGGCUUCCUGUCCAGCUGUGCUCGGGGGUCCGGUUUCAGCGGAGAUGCAGCAGCACCCUGCAGGGGAAAGCGAAGUGGAAACCCCGGAUUCCGACGAAGUUAUUCCGGGAGAAGAGACGACCAGCGAUGGCUGCACCGGGACUUCUCUCCCCCUUGAUCGGCUGCCAUUCACGGGGAAGCACCAGCGGAACUGCGCAUGCCCCGCCGCGGCCCCCCACUGUCCAGAUGUAAACAUGCCCAACGGGGAUGUUGACAGGCCGGAGUACUGCGGUCCCGGAGCGGAUAUCGCUUUCUGUAAACAGACCGUGUUUUCCAGUCCGGGGCUUCUGGGCCAGAGACUCGGUUUAUGCGACGUGGACUGCGAGGAAGUGAGAGUUGCCAACGGUGGUUUACACAUCGUGACCGCCGCCAGAGCAACAUGUGACUGGCCCGACUCAGACUAUUCCCCCGAAAACAACUCAGACAUACAUUUCGACCUGGAGGCAAAGCAGGAAAACGGGGCCGGGUCGGGAUUUUAUCUGAGGAGCCAAAGCGACUUCAGCGGGACAUUGUUCUCUCAGUGCCCGGGGGAGAAUGCGCCACAUGCGGCAGAGCUCCAUCUCUCCGCCCCGGUCCCAUCCGAGGACUCCCCCACCUCGGGAUCAAGUGCCAAACUCCCCUCACCCCGCACGCACGCAACCCUCUCCAACGUGAACGGCGACAGCCCGCUCUCUGAACCCAACAUCAGGGAUGACGAUGAUGAUGAGGAGGAGUUCAGUGAGCUCAGUUUACCCGUCAGGCCGUCAAGUUUAAGGACUAACCCCAACCUUGUGGUGUCCCUCAGCUGUGAUGCCACCCCGUUGACUCCCGACGGGGAUGGGGGGUUUUAUUUUGGAGACGAGGAGGACUUUCGGAACGUUUUGGAAGCGGGUCGCAGGCAGAGCGCACCGGACCAUCUGCCGGACCGGAGCGAACAGACCCACAGCUCGGACACCAAGCUGAUGCCAAAGAGGUUCGGCCUCGCUGAUUUCUUCACCAGGAGCCUGUUUUCUAGGAAACCCAAAGAGCCCAAGGCGUCGUCCCACAAUGCAACAGGGUGGCGUCUGUUUGGCAAGACCACAGCCAGAGAGGACGAUCCAACUGCAGACCCCGACUCCACAUUACCCACACAGCAGUGUCCCCCGGAGGAGCAGGAGACGGACUGCGAUGUGUCCCAUAUAUACAGUGUCCUCAGCUCCCCGUCACACUUAAGCUGCCAAACCAAUUUAAACAAAAGGGACAGGAGGAAGAACCUGGAGUUUGAGCCGCUUUCCACCACGGCUCUCAUCCUGGAGGACCGGCCAGCGUGA